AUGAACAAAUACGAACGUGUCCGAACGCUUUCCAAGACUGGGAGGUACGGCGAAGUCUACUCCGUGAGGAACAAGCAGACGAAUGAGUAUUUCAUCGCCCAAGAAUUCAAUCGGAGAGGCCUUGAAGUUGCCCGGCGCGAAUGCGGGUUCCUGGACGAGCUAUCCGGGUCGGGUCAUGUUAUCAAGAAAGUGGAGGAAAUCCAGAACUCCGGUGAGCGACUCGCCGUCACGGUGGUCUACGAAGCUCUCGCCGCGACAAGUCUGAGGCGGUUCUUGGACGCCAACCCCGAACAGCCUCUGCCGCUCCGGGCCGUCAAAUCGAUCACAUACCAAAUCUUGAAGGGCUUGGCCGACGCUCACAGCCUGGGCAUCUUUCACCGUGACAUCCGCCCCAGUAAGAUCGCCGUCGCGGUCGCCGACGAUGGGUCGUUGAUAAUCAAGAUAGUGUGGAUUUCAGGGACGCCAGAAGGGUGGGUCCACCGGAACCCGUCACUCCGACUAGAGACUUCGAAAAGGUGA